CCGGCCAAGGUCUGCCUGCUGCCCGCUCCGACGCUCCCUCGCUGAGGCCGCUGCUUGAUGCCGUCCAGCAGGCGAACGAGGAGGAUGUUCGCCGGGAGGUCGUCCACUCCGCAGUCCACCAGGAUGCGACACUCCGGGCAGCGCAGCUCGUUCCGGGAGCUGACGAUGUUCUCCAGGCAGCGGCGGCAGAAGGUGUGCUGACAUGGCAGCACCUUGGCCGUGGUGUCCAGGCGCUCCAGGCACACCGAGCACUCCAAGAGAUCCAGCAACGACGAAGACUCGUCCAUGUCGGCGGAGAGGGUGAUCAUCUGGGCUUCAGGCUCCGUGGAGACGCCGCGGCGGCUGGUUCUUGUGGCGGAGAAAUGGACCGCGAGCGUAGAACAUUCUGGAGGAGCCUGCUGUCACGCUGAAAAAGUGGAGGCAGAGACUAAAGUUCAUCUAUUUUGAAGCAAGACUUACAUGCAGGCAAGGCGGCUCCCCCCGUGAUGCUGAUCACAGGUUGAUCCUCCCAAGGACGGACAGCAGACCCAACAGUGCAACACCCUCAGAGGCAGCAGACCAGUGUGACCCCCACCUUCUCCUCCUGCAGGAAGUGAAUACAAACAUGUCACGGAGGAGAGGAACAUCAAAAUCCAUCUUCUUUUCUUCAUUAUUAGUGUGCUGUAUGCUUGCUAGUGCAGAGUAUUCCAGCUGUGGAGAGUAUGAGUUCUUAAACCAGACCAGCAACAGCUGCCAGGCCUGCCCUCAGUGCCAGCCGGGACAGGAGCCACACAUGACAUGUGGCUACGGUGUGAAGGAUGACGACUUCUCUUGCGCGCCAUGUCCACAUGGCAAGUACUCCAAAGGCAAAUAUGAGAUCUGCAGGCGACACAAAGACUGUGACGCCCUCUACAAGGCCACGGUGCGGGUGGCGGGAACGCCAGACAGCGAUGCCGAGUGCGGACCGUGUUUACCAGGGUAUUACAUGCUGGAGAACAGACCCAGAAACCUCUAUGGGAUGGUGUGUCACUCCUGCCAGAAUGCACCGCCCAACACCAAAGAAUGCAUGCAGGCCAAUGGCCCAAUAGAAAAACCUCAAAUGGAUCCUGGCAGCACCACUGUGUUCCCUCAUCUUCAUAAAGAUCCAACAGGAGAAGGUCACCUAGCAACCGCUCUUAUCAUCGCCAUGUCAACCAUCUUCGUCAUGGCCAUUGCCAUCGUUCUCAUCAUUAUGUUUUACAUCCUAAAGGCCAAGUCGAGUGGCCAGGCUUGUUGCACCGGACAAGUGGUGAAAGCAGUUGAAGCUCAGACCAACAAGCAGGAAGACAAGAAGGACAUCCCUGAUAAGGUGGUGAUCUACUCAGAAAAAGAUGACUUCGACAAUCAUAAGGCUUCGCCGCAGAUGGCAGUUAAAAGUGAAAACGAUGCCUCAUCCGAGAAUGAGCAGCUGCUGAGUCGCAGCAUGGACAGCGAUGAGGAGGCGUCUCUGGAGAAGCAAGGCUCAGCGGAGACAAACAACCUGCACCCCAAUUUGGGUCUCGUCAACAUCGGGAACAAGCCCGAUCUAUGCCUGCUCUCUCUGGGACUCCUGGACACGGAUCAUGCCUGCAACGGGACCGCCAGCGUUGCUGCUAGCCCCACCAGCAACCUCCCGAGUCCCAGCCACAUGGGCAGUGUCAACCACAUCUCCGGCACGAACCACAUCAGCAAUGUGACCACAAUCAACAAUAGCAAUAAAAACCCAGGGAUGUUGCAGAGUCGAAGGAAAAAGAUCCUGGAUCUCUAUGCCAAAGUGUGCAAUGUGACAGAGGGCCUGAGCCCCACAGAGCUUCCUUUCGACUGUCUGGAGAAAGCCAGCCGCAUGCUGAGCUCCUCCUACAGCAGCGAGGCGGCCGUGGUGAAGACGUGGAGACACCUGGCCGAGAGCUUUGGCCUGAAGCGAGAUGAGAUCGGCGGCAUGAGCGACGGCUUGCAACUGUUUGAGAGGGUGAGCACGGCGGGCUACAGCAUCCCCGACCUGCUCACCCGGCUGGUGCAGAUCGAGAGGCUGGACGCCGUCGAGUCGCUGUGCUCGGACGUGCUCGGAGGCAACGACGUUGCAACGGUGGGGGCGGGCAGACGGCAGGGUAUAAGCAGCUUCCACGGUCAGAUGGUGUGCCCGUCACUGUGCCAGCCUUCUUCGCAACGCUGCGCCAGUGUCUAAAAACACUGAGGAGCACAGACUCUUAUGUUUACAUGUACGUUGGAAUGGAAAGAGGAGGACGCAGAGAGAGUACGGACUUUUGUCACAUGAAGAAUGUUGAACCUAAAUGACUCAGUAGUUAUAGAUGAAUCACUAUUGGAUGUUUUACGGACAAAUGUUUUGAGACAUACCUCUGAAUCAAUUCAUCAAAAAGGGCAUCCCUCCGAAUUUUAAAUAUUCACUAAACCAAGACUUGUUGGACUAUAGUAAGAGCUUUGAGGAACCGGUUCGAGGAAGACCUUCUUCAGUCCCAGCAUGACUGUGAUCCAAUGCACAAAGUAAGCUACAUAAACUCUGCUUGCACACACUAGAACGUGGAUUGUGAGCCUGCAGGCCCAACAUCAGUGUCCACUGACCUCACAAAUGCUUUCCAAGGUGAAUGGACAAAGAUUCCCUGGGAAAGACCUCAAUAUCUUGAAGAAAGUCUGACCAGAAGACAUGGAAACAUGCAUAAUGGAUUUGUAGAAACACUUAACCAAUGUGGAAUAUAGUCAUAUAAAGUGGAAACUCGUUUUUUGUCAUUAAAAAAAUCCGACGAAAACGUACAAAAAACGAAUCAAUUUUUGUUCUGUAAGAAAUAACGUGAAUCCAACUAAUCCAUUCCAGACACCCAAAAAUUGUUAAAACAAAAGUUUUACGAGCAGAAAGCAUCGCAAAAUACAUAUAAAGGACACAUUAAACGCUUUCUGUUGUGUCUCCCUUAAACCAUUCCCCCUGCAAUCUGUGUUAGCUAGGAGCCCUUGUGUUACAAUCCUACUAACAGACACAACCUUUAAGUUCGUUCUUGAAUCCAAUAGUGUUUCUUACCUUCUUUCUCAAAGUUAUGGAACUUGUAACUUGGCUUGCAACCGUAAAAAAUGCACAGGUUAUCUGAAAGAGACUGAAAAAUACGGAGUGCGCUUGAACGCCUCAUCAGCGCAGAGCGCACAGUGCUUUAUCUGAGGAAGAAAGGAGACAGAUUGGAGUUGUUCAUUUUGUGAGCGUACUAUGAACAAAAAAAACACCCAUAAAUACACAUAAUAAGGAUGAUUAAAGGAGUCCCUGGCCGAAAUCUGUCUAUAGUGUCCCAACUCUAAAAGAACCACGAUCCAUUCUUUACAGAGACUGAGCCACCAAGGUGUGGAUGUUUUGUUUGGCCACUUGAUUUGGUCAUACGAAAACCAAGACAUAUUUUUAGCUUUAAUUUUCAUCAAAAACCGAAUGCUACAAAAACUGAGGUGUACAAAAAACGAGUUUCCACUGUGUCCUUGAGUCCUAAAUUUACAGAAAACUCAUGCCGUAACAGUUCCACUCACAAACUCAGACCAGCCAUCAGGCUUUCACCAAUGACUUCCUUUGCAGCGACCUUGUCAGCGACCCUAACCCAACCCCCCCCUUCCGCUCGUAACAUUUCUCCCCCUUUUUACCCCAAUGCUGUGGUUUAGUGCUGCCGCCAGCUUCAGUUAAUCGACAUGUAACUCCCCAGGGCCACUAAUAGGCUAAAGUGUUGCGGUUCAUACAGCGGGUGCUAAGUGCCUGUGAUUUCCACCACCCAAUUAAGAAUUUAGAGGCCAUUUAACCAGUGAAAGUCCAGUAAAAAUGUUUUCAAAAAAAGGAGAAAUGCCACAGCAGGGGCAUGACUAACUGCCCCCAGCCAAGCUGCUGUACUGCACUACAGUGUUAGACAAUUACAGUGGAACCUUGCUUUUGUCAUGUGUCCAGUCUAAGAGCUCAGACGAAAAACAACAAGUACAAAACCAGAAUAGAUUUUGUUCCCACAGAAAAUGUUGCAGAAAUAUGAACAAAAAGCAUAAAGGUUCCUACCUUUGCAUUACAAUUCUAUUAUAACAGACGCUACCUUCAUACUUUGCUACGAGUUCUUUCUUGACUUCAAUUGUGCUUCUCACAUUGUUUAUCAAAGCUCUGGCACUUUUUGUUUGACCUCGUGGCGACUUAUUUUGGAGCCGUAAUCAAAACGGCACAUAGAAUACUCAGAAAUACGCAGUGCGGUUGAACUCCUUAUCAGCACAGACGAACAGUGCUUAUUGAAACGAAGAGUGGAGACAGAAACUGAGUUGUUCGUCGUUUUACGUGUAUUCUAUGAACACAUAAACUACACACACACAUAAUAAAGAUGAUCAAAGGAUUCUCUUGCCGGAAUCUGUCUAUAGUGUCCCAACUCUAAAAGAACCGCUAUUCAUUCUUUAUAGAGACUGAGUCACCAACACAUGGAUGCUUUGUUUGGGUACAGUUUGGUUGUACGAUAACCGAGACGGUGUGUGAAAACCAAGUCAUAUUUUCACUGAAAACCGGGAUGUAUGAAAACCGAGGUUCCACUGUACAUAGUUUUUUAAUCUAACUCCACUUUUGAGGCUGUCUCAGCACUUAUUGCUGAGAAAAGAUAAGCACAGCUUGAAUUGAUAUCACAGUGGUCGAUUUAAUUCCUUAAUUUAAUUCAUGUCAGCAAGUUUAAUAUGUUUGCCAACAACAUGAUCACAUGUCCUGGGGAUUGAAAGGUUAAUGAUGAUGAACCUACACGGACCACUUUAUUAAAUACUUCACAUUGCUAAAUCUGGGGCUGGACUCCGGCACUUUAAAUGAAUCAGUGUGUACAUCUAAGCACGUAUUCAUAUAUUUUGUCACGGCAAUAAAUAAAAAGCACAAAGUCAUAUUGUACUGCCUUGUUUGGGCUGCUCCAGCUUCCAUCAAAUCCAGCCUAACUCACGACGGGUUGAACAUUUUUAUGGUGCUGUUUGCUCCAAAUGAGCUAAUUGUUGGAUUGAACUGAAGAUGAUGAAAUGAUCCUCACAGCUGUUUCUAGACAGGCAACAUCUUACUUGUCAUGUAGUUUCAGUAUGUCCUGAAGACACCAAACACGGAUGGCUUACCUCAGUAGCACCAGCAGUGUUGUUGCUAUGGAACAUGUAGAAAGAUACUCAACUUCAUCACAGACCCUAAUUGUAUAUAUAAGUUAUUAUUGUACAUAAUGUAUACUUUAAUAAAGAUGU